UGAUCAUACAUAAGAUGCAGAUAUGAAGGAUUGUGCAUAAUUGUGCAGUUGUCUAUACCGAGAGAGCGGAGAUCAAUUUGGUUAAAUAUGAAAACUAGAAAUGUUUGGAUUUGUCUGGUGCUAGUGAAUGUUAUUACGGUAGUUACUGCCCAGGGGCAACGCAACCAGCAGCGACAACGUAACGUGCAGAGAUUACGUAACGUCCAGAGACUACGUGCUACUACUCCAGCUCCACCUGCAAAACCCAGCACAGAGUCUAUAGCAAAUACUGCAGGUAAUAACCCAUGGAUGCAGUUGAUGAUUGCUUACCGGAAUUGGAUGAUGUCCAUGCCAUUUGGGGCAUGGGGCUGGGGAUGGGGCUGGGGAGACGACGGACCUUUCGAUAUGUUUGAUUGAAUGCCAUUGGAUACAGAUUAAGUGGUGAACAUGAAUGAUUCAUUUGACAGUGUGUUUUAAAUACAGUGCGUUAUAUAUCAUUAUAAUGAUAAAUUGCUCACAUAAAGUCUUGGUAAAACGUUUUGUCUAUUUUCAAAGAAGUUCCAGCAUUUAGUUUAUUUUUUCUUAUAGUGUCUUAGAAGCCAGUUUUCGCUACUUAACGCAGCUAUGCAAGACUAAAAAAACUUACUGUACUCGUAAAAGUGCUUGCUAGACCGAUUUGUACGCGAAAAGUAUUUUUCAAUAAAACACAAGUAGAAUUUCAAAAAAGCUGCACAGCAAAGGUAAUACUUGUAUUGCUAACAGAAAUGUCAAUCUCAAAAUUACACGCUAUUGUGCGGUUUUAGACUGACUUUUUCAAGGAUUUUGUAAAACAAAAAUCCCUAAGGGAGGACCCAUUCCUGAGAGUAUAAGUACAGGAAUGGAACGCAUUCAAUUCUGUUAAAGCUACUUUAUCAAAAGGAAAACAGUAGACAAUAUUUCUAUGUUUAAAGCGCUUGAUCAGCAGAACAAAGAUCAAUUUUGAAAAUUUGAAAAUUUGGCUUAUAACAAAAAAGAUAUAGCCAUGUGUAAUGAAACGGCAGUCACUUUGGAAAUAGCGACCUCAUCGUUAUAAGAAAACAAUUCGAGUCGUGUUAUAAUUGAUAUACAAAGUAAGCUUUGUAAAAAUGCUAGUCAGUGGCCUGUAUAUUACUAUCAUGCAACAUAAAAAGACUGCAAGGGUGGCAUGCUACUACGCUGUUUAUUGCUGCUUUUAUCCACAGGCAAAUAAAACAACGCAUAUUCCAUAUGAGUUGCGCCAUGAGAAAACCAACAUAGUGGCUUUGCGACCAGCAUGGAUCCAGACCAGCCUGCGCAUCCGCGCAGUCUGGUCAGGAUCCAUGCUGUUCGCUUUCAAAGCCUUUUGAAUUUAGAGAAACCGUUAGCGAACAGCAUGAAUCCUGACCAGACUGCUGCGCGAAUGCGCAGGCUGGUUUGGAUCCAUGCUGGACGCAAAACUACUAUGUUGGUGUUCUCAUGGCGCGGCUCAAUUAUAAUCCUGCGUACUACGCAUAAAUACCAAAAAUAACAUUUCUGGAAAUAUUUUUUUUAAAGAUCUCGCCCCUUUUAGAUUUAAAUUUGUGUGUCAAUGACUUGUAACUUUCAUUCAUGCCGGAACACAUGAUACACAUGUACCACAAACAUAACCAGUCUCUUUGAGUUUGAUAUUGUAAUAGCUUGUUCCCAGCUUCAAUAGGCCGCACGGAAAACAAGGUAAAAGUAAUCAGUCUUAUAAUAGUUCCCAUGAAAAUGGCUUACUUUUUCGAAGUUCGACGGACCUUUCGAUAUGUUUGAUUGAAUGCCAUUGGAUACAGAUUAAGUGGUGAACAUGAAUGAUUCAUUUGACAGUGUGUUUUAAAUACAGUGCGUUAUAUAUCAUUAUAAUGAUAAAUUGCUCACAUAAAGUCUUGGUAAAACGUU